AUGGCGAUCUUCAAGAGAAACCCUCGCGCGACCGAUGCAGGCGACGCAGUACAGAACGGCUCCUCCAAUGACGCAGACAGCGACGCUUCAUCCGCCAAAGGUCUCCGCAAAUUUGCCCAGCGUAAACCUGCCAAUACCGCCUUCAAGCAGCAGCGUUUGAAAGCAUGGCAACCCAUCCUCACUCCUCGCACCGUCCUGCCCGCCUUUUUCCUCGUCGCCAUCAUCUUCGCACCCAUCGGUGCCGUUCUGUACUACUUUGCCGAGAAGGUCAACGAGUUUAGCCUUGACUACACCCAGUGCUCCACUGCACCCGCCGUACCCACACAGGCACAAAUCCCUUCCUCCAAAUACGACUACCAGUUGCACGACAAGAACACGUCUAACUUCCAGCCUCCCACCUGGUCGUGGGACGCUUCCACCCGAACCUGCAACCUCUACUUUAGCGUCCCCGCACGUCUCGAUUCCAGCGUGUUUCUCUACUACAAGCUCACAAACUACUACCAGAACCACCGACGCUACGUCAAGUCGUUGGACUCGGAUCAGUUGAAGGGCAACGCCGUCGCCUACGGUACCAUCUCCGGAGGAACGUGCAAACCAGUCGAUGUGGACCCGUCUACGCAAAAGAUUAUCUACCCAUGUGGAUUGAUCGCCAACUCGGUGUUCAACGACACGUUCGGUGAUCCCGUAUUGCUCAACGUGGCCGGUUCGAAUUCGCCCAAUCAGACAUACGUCAUGAGCGAAAAGAACAUCAUCUGGCCCGGAGAGAAGGACAAGUAUUCCAAAACAAAGUACAACGCCGACCAGAUCAUACCGCCUCCCUAUUGGCAAGGUGCCACCGGCAAGUACGGUUACGGCAGCGGCUACACGGACGACAACAUCUUUGACCCCAGCCAAGACGAACACUUUAUGGUCUGGAUGCGCAUCGCCGGCCUCCCAACGUUCCGCAAACUGUACAAGAGGAACGACACAGCCGCCAUGGAACCAGGAAGGUACCUUUUGCAAGUGGUCGACAACUAUCCCGUCGCAAUGUUCGACGGCACCAAGUCCGUAGUCUUCAGCACAAGCAGUUGGGUCGGUGGCAGAAACCCUUUCUUGGGCCUCUCGUUCAUCGCCGUCGCCGCAUUCGCCGUAUUGCUCGGUCUCGUGUUUACAGCAAGGCAUCUCAUCAAGCCCAGAAAGUUGGGCGAUAUGAGUUACUUGAGCUGGAAUCAGCCCGAGAACAAAUCAUCAUGA